GUGAUGAGAAAGACAAAGUGUUUUUCAUCGAUGACGUGAAUGGGUAUCUCCUUGGAUUGCCGCUCCUUCGACAUUUCAACGAUUGUUGUGAGCGGAACGUGUUUGGGAUACCCACUGAUCCCAUUUCUUUAGGAGAAGAAGGGAAAUGGAAGGAAUUUAGGGCGAAAAAGGAGGAAUAUCGCAGUCGCUUUCGCUAUGUUAUUAAAAACUUAUUCAACCACUUCUUCACAACUUUUUUCACGAGACUCGAAUGAAUUGCAAAACGAGUUUAAUUCCUUCAUUACACGAAAUCAUGUGUUAACAUUCGCGCACUUGCAAUCCCACAUGGAGGAGACAUGGCAUGGAGAGAUAUUUCCUGAACAAUUACUUCGAUAUAAUAACCACGAUUCAAUCCAACUUCUGAGAGAUCUGCAUCAGGUAACCUGGAACGCCGAGAAAUAUCCAUGGAGGUUCUAUCGAUCGGAUCUCCCUUUCGCACCACCCUCCGUUUACAAACAAUAUGGCCAUCUCUCUGGUGUCCGGGUCUUCUCUAUUCGUGACAAGUCUGGUGACACGAUCCCUUUAAGCAAGGAUUUAUGCAGGGCCCGAGAAGUCAUGCACGCAAAGUUGGCUGAAAGGGUUGGCCGAUGGGGACGGGAGGUCAGCUACGAAGUUGAAUUCUACCAACCUGAUAUUCGUAAUGGCGUUGUAACCUGUGCUGCACUCUCCCUUGAUGGUCGCCAUGUUGCGCUCGGGUUUGGCAGUGGUGUCAUUGAAGUUGUCGAUAUUGACCAUCAGCGUACAAUCUGCCAAUUGCAGCACAAUUCAGCCAAUCUCCCUGACUGGAUUGAAUUUGUCCAUGGUAGCCACAGGGUUGCUACCGAAGAUAUUGAUGGGAACGUCGCAAUCCUCGGCCAUGGCAUGGCCCCUGUGAAGCUUGGAAAUCUUCCUUCUGGUCUCUAUCCUGCUGGAACCGCCAUCUCAGAUAAUGGAUUAUUUAUCAUACGAGCUCCACGAAAUUUCAAUAAUCCUUGGUGCGAUAACAUGACGCUCAUAUCCGUCUCUGAGCAUCCUUUCAUUCAGGCCCUCACCUCUCCUUCGGACCUGUCCGUCCCAUUCCCAUCCUCCCCAUCCCGCCCACCCUCUCCAUCCACCCCAUACCGCAGUGAAACGACCUUAUCCAGGCCUCACCGACGGACACUUGGGUUCUCUCCAGGUACACGAUAUGUCGGCGCAUUUGACGGGUUUAGCGCUUUCACAUGGUCGACCCAAUCAUACGAGCUCAUUGCAUGUUAUCGUGUGACAGACUCCUUUUUUUGGAUCAUCAGUCCCAAUGUCCCUCCAACUCACUUACAUCUUGUCCCUGAUCCUAUAUUUACUAGAGCCAUUCCAUUGGCAGAAGACAACACAGCUUAUGCACAUCCUUCCGAGGAUGCAGCUCGUGACUCUGAAGAUGAGUCCUGGAUCAAGUGUCCGUUUUACGACCUCUCGCCAAGCAGCCCCCAAAGAUGGUAUUCCGAGUUCACUUCCUCUGCAACAGGGAGGAACCCGCUCAUCCGGUCCUGGUCAGUGAUGCUCGGUGGCAGGGAAAUGCUUAGCCUUCCAGGGGGAUAUAAUCCAGUUACUUCCUUGCUCGCGUGGUACGGUCAUCGAGUGCCAGGCUGUCGUCAGGAGCUAUACUGCCCUCAGUCCAGCAGGGAUGGAACUCGAUUUCUGGUCCAGGGCAAGUCAAAGGCCCCAAUGGUCAUCGAUAUAAGCCAAAUUGUUUAGCAUUUACCAGUGCACCCGAUUGCGCUCAAGUACUCGUCACUUCCUCGGCUAUACACUCGAUGACUUUUGCACUGCAACGCUGUGUAAAAUUGUGGAUAGUAUUUGAAGCCUUGUGUAUCAUGUACUAUUUCUUUAUUUAACGUUAGGUUUGGUAAUGUACACUUGGUGGCGACGGAUCUCUGGCGUUCCGCAGAGUACAGGAAGACGAAGCGCCAAAACUACUGGAAAGGC